GCCCAGCCUUUUUUGUUCUUUGUAAAGCUCUUCAGUUCCCGCUCCUUACCCGCUGGGCCCUGCUCUUUCUGCUUUGGAGCAGUUCCUCCUUCAGCAGGGAGCCAGUGUUCUGUGGGUUGGGGGGUCUCUGCCAGCAGCCAGUUUCAGCCCUGUCUUGCAGGUGGCCUUGGGAGGGACAGGUUGCAGCCCAGGCCCGCCCCUCUCCUUCCUGGAGUGUCUCACAGACUCAGGGGACACUGGCCCUCCAGGCCCUGCUUCCCCCAAGGUUUCCAUCCAUCGCCUCUGAUUCUUGGUAAUUGGGAGCCGAUGGAUGCAACUCAUCUUGGUUUACACUGAGUGAGACAGGCGCUGUGGGCACAGCCAAGUCUGCGGGACUCAGUCAGGUGUGAGCCUGGAUGGCCCCGGACAAGGAAGCCCGUCCUCUUGCUGGGAAAUUUCCGUUAAGAUUGGGCCACUUCCCCUGCUUCCUAACGGUUGAGUCUGUUUGCUCUGGGCCUUUUAAGCCCAGCGUGAUCCCUCUGAGUCCCUGCGGUGCAUUUGCGCCAUCUCCACGCUUCCUGUCGAGCCCCAGCCCAGGCUUGGUGCGGGCAGUGCUGCACCGCACUCUCCUGGUUGCCUCCUGAGCACUUCCACCCGCUUCCCCACCAGGCGUGGCUGUGUUUUCACCCCCAGUGUCCAUCUGGCACCCUUCUCGAUUGCCAGGUAGUUACGGUCUGUGUGGGCAACACCUGAGGGACCCAACCAAACCAAGGUCCAGGAUACACUUCCGGGCAGGGGUACCGCCUCUGGUUAGCUGCUCACUCCCCAGCCCAAAUCUUCCGCUGAUGACUUCUGGGGUCAGAGGCCACCUAAGGGUCUAGAAAACAGUCUCCUCCAGUUGGCCGAUUUAGACAAAUAGCCUGCCUGCCUACGUUGGGGUUACGGCCCAAUAAACCCACAGCCAAGCUGAAAAUCCUAAGUGUGCGUCUUGCGCUUCUGACACAGCCAGGGCAUCGCUGGAUGCACAGAGGCAGGGCUGGACACAUUCUGGUGCUUGAGGGGUUCCAGGGACCACGAGUUGUUUUUCCGGUGCCCCUCACCCUUCGCCCUGGAGGGUGGGGGAGGCCGGACAGCAAUGACCAAGCUGGAGCUGCAGGUUCUUCAUCCCUGUGGCCCAGCCCUAAAGCAGCCUUGGGGACUUAAAUUUCAUUUUGCCCAGCAGGUGCACCUGGGCCAGGAACACACCAGCGCCUCCUUGUUCUUCGCAGGGAAGUGGAAUCCAAGCAGGGGCCCAGAUGCAGGCAGGCAUCUCCUGGGAACAAGAGCCCCAGAAUCCACCCCACUUCCAGGGUGGUUGCCUGGGGCGUCUGGUCAGAGCCAGACCAGAACUGAGCAGGAGCUUCCAGGCAUCUGUGUGUGGGAAGGGAGAGGCAAGUCCUUCCUAACCGCCUUUUUUCCCAGUUUUCAUUCAAUCUGGCCCCACGCAGGUUCUUUUUUUCUUUUCUUUUUCUUUUUUUUUUUUUUGAGAUGGAGUCUCGCUCUGUCGCCCAGGCUGGAGUGCAGUGGCGCGAUCUCAGCUCACUGCAACCUCUGCCUCCCGGAUUCAAGCGAUUCUACUGCCUCAGCUUCCUGAGUAACUGGGAUUACAGGCGUGAGCCACCGCGCCCGGCUCCCGAAGCCGGUUUUCUGUUCUCUUGCAGCUGGGCCGGGGCUGAGCCCUCGUGGGGGCAGGGGUUGCAGACCUGUGGACGCAGGGCCCACGCCGCACACACGUGGCCCCCGCCAGGUGACUCACGAGCCAGCGGCUGCGCGGCGGGGUGGCCACCGGGUGCAGGUUCAGGGCCAGGGGCCGGGCCUCCUGGGGAUUGGCAGGGCGCCCGCCGCGGUCCCGUGUGCCUGGGGCCGGUCCCCGGGCGGUGGCCUUCGGCCCAGCGCUCCGACCUGGGGAAGGGAGGACGCUAGGGGCCCGGGGGAGUGGAGGCGGCCACGCAGCAGCCCCGAAGCACCCGCGCGUCCGCAGGCCGGGCCCACCGCGCUCGGCGCCCCUCGCGGCCGCUUUAAGGCGCCGGGCCCGCCUCAAUCGCAGGGGGCGUGGCCUAGCGGUCCCGCCCCCGGGGCGCGCGCGCGCAUUGGCUGUGCGGGGUGCGGGCGCGCGGGCGGCGCUUUGAACCGGGCGCGGGGCGCGGGGCGCGGGGCGUUGCGGGCCGGUACACGCCGGGGUAGGGCCGGGGUCGGGUUGUGGUCGGGCCGGGAUUGGGCUCUCCUGGGCCAUGGCAGCCGAGGCGCGCGUGUCGCGCUGGUACUUCGGGGGGCUGGCCUCCUGCGGGGCCGCCUGCUGCACGCACCCGCUGGACCUGCUCAAGGUGCAUCUGCAGACGCAGCAGGAGGUGAAGCUGCGCAUGACGGGCAUGGCGCUGCGGGUGGUGCGUACCGACGGCAUCCUGGCACUCUACAGCGGCCUGAGUGCCUCGCUGUGCAGACAGAUGACCUACUCCCUGACUCGGUUCGCCAUCUACGAGACUGUGCGGGACCGUGUGGCCAAGGGCAGCCAGGGGCCUCUCCCCUUCCACCAGAAGGUGUUGCUGGGCUCCGUCAGCGGUUUAGCUGGAGGCUUCGUGGGGACGCCCGCAGACUUGGUCAACGUCAGGAUGCAGAACGAUGUGAAGCUGCCCCAGGGUCAGCGGCGCAACUACGCCCAUGCGCUGGAUGGCCUGUACCGCGUAGCUCGUGAAGAGGGUCUCAGGAGACUGUUCUCGGGUGCGACCAUGGCAUCCAGCCGAGGGGCCUUAGUCACUGUGGGCCAGCUGUCCUGCUACGACCAGGCCAAGCAGCUGGUCCUUAGCACCGGGUACCUCUCUGACAACAUCUUCACUCACUUUCUCGCCAGCUUUAUUGCAGGUGGAUGUGCCACGUUCCUGUGUCAGCCCCUGGAUGUGCUGAAGACUCGCCUGAUGAACUCCAAGGGGGAGUAUCAGGGCGUUUUCCACUGCGCCGUGGAGACAGCGAAGCUCGGGCCUCUGGCCUUUUACAAGGGCCUCGUCCCAGCUGGCAUCCGCCUCAUCCCCCACACCGUGCUCACUUUUGUGUUUCUGGAACAGCUACGCAAAAACUUUGGCAUCAAAGUGCCAUCCUGACCAGCCGUGGGAAUGGCUGGGCUGCCAGGCCAGCCACGCUAGGUUCUUCCAAAGAGUCCCAAGCCCAGCACCUGCUCCUGGGGCCGCGACCUCCCCGGCCGCGGCCACCCGUCCUCUGCAGCAGGCCCCUGCUGUCCCCCCACCUGCUGGCUGAGCUCCUCCUGGCCUCGUCCCCUCUCAGCUGUAGCUGCACCACUCCCUGCUCUGUCUCCCAGGCUCUCCCGGCUGGGCACUGCGUGGCCUUGCCCCUCUCCCGCUGGCAGCUCCUCGGGGGAACAGGGGCUGCCAGAGGCUGAUUUCUCCCCUCUCCUGGGCCAGGGGAGGGGUAUUAUCCCUGCCUCCUGCCCCCGAUGCCCAAAGCAGCAUCUUCCAGCACUUUCCAUCGAGGACUUGGGUGGCAGAGUGUGGGUGCAGCCUGGCUGUUGCUCACCCAAGUGCUAGCUCUGCACUUUGUGUCCGCUGAGAGCGACCAGACCUUCCGUGUCCUCGAGCAGCUGCAGCUCCCCUUGAGACCCCGCAGCUGGGUGGGAUGAACAAACAAUGCAGACCACAAGCGAGUGCCUGGGAGGGAGUGGCCCAGAGUGGUUCUGGAGCCAUUGUGGGUGAGAGUUGAGGGCCACCGAGGUCCCGCUCACUGCUGCCUGCCCUGCAGUGGCUUUAACAGUUAGUUUUGCCAAAGCCUCUCCGCUCACCAGCAGGCGGUCUCUGUCUUCAGGGAUUGUGCCUGCGUCCCUCGGGCCCCUGGGCCCUCCCGCUUGGCUCCCUGGGGGAAUGGCCCAGGCGGGCCGCAGUUCCUCCUAAGGGCCUUCUCCCCGACAAGGAGUCCGACAGGGCGGAUGCUGCGUCCUCUGCCUCCCUGGUCGCUGGGCUUCACCCCACCUGGGAAGGGCAGUGUGCUCUGUGGGGGCUGCAAUCAAUAAAUGCCGGGAGCUGCCA